AUGGAUUUUCAUGAAGAAAGUGCUGACCCUUUCGACGAAAUUUUACGUUCCAUUCAAGCUUCUUCGCACAAUUCUUCUCCAGCGGAAGAACCUCCUUGCCACGACUUUCACGACAACCUAAACCUGAUAGCUGACGAGCAGAAGGCGAGCCCCGUUGAGUUCUAUUCAUCAAUACCGGAUACGUUUCCUUCCGAGGGAUUCACCGAGGGCCAGGCUAACGUAUUCUCCCAAGAUUUUACUUCAUCUUUCCAAGACAUGGGCGCGCCAACAUUGACGAUGGAGCCACCUACCGCUCACGGAAAUGCCUUUCAAUUCUUGGAUUUCUCCGAUGCAAGCUGCGGGAUCGAAAGUAGCUUUGAGUCACCUCUGAAGACUUCGCUCAAUUUUCAGAAUGACAGAGGAAUCUUCCACUCGUCUCCCACUGAGAUGUUAUCCUCGUCCCCCAACGGCUCAUCAGCGGCCUUCCCUGCGUUCUCCUUUUCUUCUCACAAUUUUCACGAUGAUCAUUUGCGUUUCCUAUACCCUGAAGACUUCGGUUUCCACUCUCCCCCCACCGAUAUAUUAUCAUCAUCACCCAACAGCUCACCGGCGUCUUUCGCUGCAUUUCCCUUUUCAUCUAACAAUCUAUACGGUGAUCACAAUCUCCACGGUGAUCGCAUGCCUUUCAUAUACCCCAAGGAAUUCGGUGUGCCUAUCGCUCGAUCAAACGUAAAAGGUCUCCCAAGCGGUAUACCUGGUGGUCGCAGAGGCUCUCGACAUCAUCGUGAUCUGUCCGGAACGUCGUCAACAACCAGUACGAUUUCAGGGCCAUCGUACGAUUUUUGCCCAGCGAUUGAUCCUAGUGCGCUUCAACCUCCGCUGAGCAAAUUACAAAGAGGAAUCGACCUUACCAAUAAUGAGACCAGUCAUAUUGUGUCGCCUUUUAUUAAUCAAGUCGUGGAGCAAGGGCCUGACGGUACAAUUACUGGACGUUACUCACGUCCUCUGACUUCGACCGGAAGACCUUCGCAUGCCAGAAAGACGCCACCUGGCCAUGUCAAACGGCCGCGGAAUGCAUUCAUCUUGUUUCGGUCUUACGCGUGCUCCUCGAACCUCAUACCUCCCACUGUUGAGAAGGACCAUCGUCAAAUUAGCCGGAUUGUCAGUCAUAUGUGGAAAUCCUUACCGGCUGACGAAAGACUGAAAUGGGAGCGCCAGGCUGAGGAAGAGAAGGAUCUUCAUCGUAAACUCCAUCCUGACUAUCGAUAUAAGCCGAUUUACCGCAAGGAAAACUCUGCAAAGAAGAACCAAGGUCGUCUGGCGUCUUCUGCUGCCGCGCGAAAGAAAGGAAACCUCCGAAAAGGCGCGAAAGGUUUGGAUCUUGCGGAUUGCGGUGACCUUUCAGUGGAUUCAAGAAAUUAUAGCGGAUUCCACGGCAAAAGUCCAGCUGAUCUUCUACGGGAGCGUGAUGAGGAGAUCCGUUGCGAGAUAGUUGCGAAGGUUUUGAUGGAGACCAAACUUUCGGGGAUUUCAUUGGAAGAAGGCGAAAUGGAAGAACGCGUUCUGGAGGAAGUACGGCUAGCCAAAUUGAAUGAAGCACACGAGUUUCAAACACAGUCGCAAUCGGAGAUCGGCGAGGGUGACCAAAUCACAUCUUCACUCGAUCACAACUCAGAGAGCACUUUCCCCAGCUUCGAUGACUAUAGUGCCUUCUUCCCUCCCCCUAGUAUUCCUGAGAGCCUCUCCUAG